UCAGCGCCCCCUAUGGGUUGGCCCGGUAUCGCCCAUUUUCCACUACCGAGAAUGGAGGAACUUGCUCUGAAGCUCAGCAUGGAUGGCAUCCAGAAAAAAGUGCUUUCUCCUGGAAAAGGAGAAAUCCCAGACUACGUAGACGGCACGAAGGUGGAGUUUCAUUACCGCAGCAGCCUGUGUAACGGUACAGUGCUGGACGACUCCAGGAUGAUGGGAGGGAAAAGUAAACCCAUGGAGCUGAUCCUGGGGAAAAAGUUUAAGCUGCCUGUGUGGGAGCGUGUGGUGAGCACCAUGAGACCGGGCGAGAUCGCAGAGUUCACCUGCGAUGUCAAGCACACAGCUCUGUACCCCCUGGUGUCUCAGUCCCUGAGGAACAUCAGUGUGGGUAAAGAUCCCCUGGAGGGCCAGAGACACUGCUGCGGCAUCGCCCAGGUCCACUCUCACCACUCUCACUCACACAAAGACCUGGAAGAGCUGCAGGCCAACCCUCAGCCCCUCGUCUUCACCAUGGAGCUCCUGGAGGUUUUGUCCCCAGGCUCAUUCGAGUUGGAGACGUGGGCGAUGACGGACGAGGAGAAACUGGCCGCUGUGCCGCAGAUCCACGAGGAAGGAAACGCGCUCUUCAAACAGGGAGACGUACAGAGAGCCGCCGACAAAUACUACAACGCCAUCGCCUGCCUGAAGAACCUACAGAUGAAGGAGCAGCCCGGUGAUGAGCCCUGGAUUAAGUUGGAUCUGAUGAUCACACCACUGCUGCUGAACUACUGCCAGUGUAAACUGGUCCUGGGUCAGUACUAUGAGGUGCUGGAUCACUGUUCCUCUCUACUCAACAAGUACGAAGAUAACGUGAAGGCGUACUUUAAGAGAGGAAAAGCUCACGCCGCCGUGUGGAACGAGGUGGAAGCCCGUGCCGAUUUUGAGAAGGUUCUGGCUCUGGACCCGUCUCUCGGGCCGGCCGUGGCCAAAGAGAUCCGAGCGAUGGAGGAUCGCAUCCGAGAGAAGAAGAAGGAGGAGAAAGGACGCUUCAAAAACCUCUUCAGCUACAGCAGCACUUCAGCAGCCGCGACCACGAGCUGAGAGCCGGCGUGGACGCUCGUCUCCGUUACACGCUCCUGAGGACACGCUCCGUUAUAGAGACGCUGUAACACCUGAGCACGUGAACUCUGCACCAUUUCAACACCAACAGCUUCCCCUGGGUCUCGCACACACACACACACAUACACUCUCAAAUCUAAUGUCCCAGUAGUUCAGGUUCUUCCACGGCAGCAUGGUGAAGAACCCGAUGUUGGGGACACGCCCCCCGGUCGUGUGGUCAAGGUGCAAACAGGAAGUCACAAACUUCCUGAAAUAGGACACGCCCCCUUGAAAAAAAAGAGGAAGACAAUCAGAUAUAAAGUCCCCCAGCACCUCGUCAUUACUUUCCAAAGUUUUUAAUUCACUUUGUACUUAUCAUGUUUACGUGUACACGUGUCGUUCGUUUUAGUCAUGUAUAAAACAUAUAUAACGGAAAUACUCACACAAGUAUGAAGCCGUGGUGAAAUCCACGUCACCGUGUCGUCUACAUCGCCAUCGUGGAAUUGUACCCGGAAAAACCCCUCAGUACACUUCCUGUUGUUCUGUAUACACACACGUUCCUACUUCAGAGAGAUGUGGCGUGGUUUGAUGUGGGUGUAAGUAGAAUCUAAUCUCAUGAUGAUAUUUUUCACCAGUGACCUUUUGCUUGUUUAUGCCUUACAUGUGGCUGUAAAAAAACACCACUGCAUUUAUGUUAUUACAAAGAAAGCCAAAUAAAGUAUACGUACUGCAGA